UUCGCUCGACUUGUCAUGGAAUCCUCAGGAUCGGACGGUCGACCUCGGUCUGACUAUGCGGUUUGUCGCAGUUUCAUUCAACGUAGUGUCCGCUGAUCCGGCUCACUUUCCAGUUCGUUAUAGCCAUCAAGCAUCGACCACUUGACGGACGCGCAGCUCGUCCGCGCUAUCGCGCAGGGCAGAAAGACAUAUCGCGGACGCCGCAUCGCGUUCGGCGACCACAACGUCAGCCGCGUCGACGAAACCACCGUCGCGAAGUACUCAGGCUGUCCGGAGGACUACGCCACGCAGCCGUCCGAGGCGCUGACUCUCGACCUCGUCUUCCGCCGCACGACCAUCCCCGUCCCGCGUGUCCGGCGGGUCGUCACCGAAAUGAACCAGGGCCCGAUCACUUGGAUUGUUAUGGAUUACAUUCCAGGGCGACAACUGUCUGCGGUCUGGCCUGCAAUGUCCGUCGAAGAGCGGCUUCGUGUCGUAUUCACGUUGCGCGACUAUGUGCGCCAGCUGCGCGGCAUCCGGCACCCCCGCGCUGCUGUUCCAGGCCCGCUCUCGUCGGGUGACGACGCGCUCCAGUGCACGUCGCCCGUCUUUGGAAAAGUCAUAGAGGAACGCGGCCCCUUUGCGUCGUACGCAGAGUUAUCUGCCUGGUUCGACCACGCGCAGCGUGUUGUAGCCAGGAACCUGAAUGCGAAGAAGCACCCUCAACCAGUGUCGUUCGACGCUGUGAUGGGGACGUCCUCGCUCGUGCUCUGUCAUCAAGACCUCAACAUGCGCAAUGUCAUCGUCGGCGAUGACGGGAGGCUCUGGCUCGUCGACUGGGCGUGGGCGGGCUUCUACCCGCCGUGGUUCGAAUAUCUCGCGAUGAAGGAACAGUCGAAGAACGAGGAGAUGGUCAUGGAGCGGAAGGAGCCCUUCUGGGAUCUCAUGAUACCGUUCAUUUGUGGCCCGUUCUACCGUGAAGAGGAAUGGAUGCAUAGCUCCGUCAACAAUGCACUCGGCUACCGCUUCGAGAGUACCCCUUGAGUAGUAGUGUCCUGCAUCGAGUUCGUAUUUUCCACGUGUACAAUAUAAAUGUCUCUCAAUUGGCACUGUAAACGUGAUUGAUACUCCAUGUGUGACUGCCAAUCAUUCCAUCUUGUAUCACACACGGAUGCCGUGUGUAACAA